GCAGCUGUCCGAGGUGCUGAGCCGUGCGGGACUUGCAGCUGUCCGAGGUGCUGAGCAGCGCCGCGCCCGGGCGGCAUCAUGGUGUUUGCUCCAGGUGAGAAACCAGGACCAGAGCAAGACGAGGUUAAGCUGCAGAAUGCCAGCAAGCAGAUAGUGCAGACUGCUAUCCUCCAAGCUGUGCAGCAAGUUUCUCGGGAGAACCAACAAAAGGAGAAGCGAACAAACAGCAGCAUGAGCCUCCAGCUAGAAAGAGGAAAGUUAACCAAGAAGCAUGAAAAAAAGUAAAGGAGCAGCUUGUCCGUAUUGAUCCUUUCGUCUGCCAUGAUUUCAGCCUUCUCUUUAGUAUCAGCUGUACUGCUAGCGCCAUGUUACUGUUGUGAAGCAAACCAAAGUAUAAUCAACACCUAGACAUAGAGUAAAGCUGCAAUAGUCUUCGGCUGAAAAAUAUUAAGUGCAUUAGAUGACUAACUCCAUAUUUACGCAGUGCCUCAUAAAAGAAACAAUAACCAUAGCUGUAAGGGUAGUUUCAAGCACAAGGUUUAUUGUAUGGACAUAUUUUCCAAAGCUUGUUGUCAGUGCACUUCCCUGUCAGUUCUACGUGCAAUGUUGCUUCCAGGCCAGCUGGCCAGACUCUGUCUUACCGGGUUCACUGAAGCUGUCUUCACAGAAGAAACAGUUUGCUAUUGUGUGUAGCAGAAUGCUCUCAGGCUGCUUUGUGAUAUGAGGUUGUCAUUUGUUUUGAAUAACCAUGGAUUAACCAUGGAUGUGUAAAAUGGAUUUGGCAAGUUUCAAGAACCAUUCUCUUUUUUUUUUUCAUCCUGGAAAAAAGAAAAUUAUCCACUAUGACUUUGCAGCAGCUAUGGUCUAUGUCUGUGAUCAUAGAUCUGUGAUCUUUGUCUCUUUUUGUAAGAAGUUAAAAUAAGUACUGAAGUUUUGGUCCACUUAUUUGAAGUACCUUCUGAACUUCUGUACAAAAAUCACUUGUGCCUCAACCACUCCUUUUAAUUUUCUUGAUAUUGAAAGAAGAGAAACAGAUGUGCUGAUAUGGAGUUUGGUAGCUAUGAAAGUUUUGAAAGUUUGCUGUGACUUGAUUUACAGAAAUGAAUACUGAAGUGGCUUCAUGAAAAAGGAUUUUGACUUUAUUAAUAUUUGAAGAAUGGAAAUACACUGUGUCUGAAUUCUCUCAUGGUAGAGGUUUCUCACCUGCUGGGCAUAAAGUGACUUUAGAUAUUUGCAGUUGUCACAUAGAUUGACCUCAGAUAGCGCUGCUUUAAGCUGGUAAUGCAGAACUUAUCCUUUAACUACUCUAUAUAGCUGAAGAAAUCCAUUAUAUUUCUGAAAAUACACAUUAAAUAAAUGCAUCUUCAACUUUUAUGCUCCCUUACUGUAAUGAUGAUUGUACUAUUACACAGCUUAAGUGAAUAAUAGUUUAUUUCAUUCUGGAAAUGGCUUGUAGCUCUACUUCAUCUGAAUUCUUGUAGUAAUAUACCUAGAAAUAUAUUGGAAGCAGAUGCAAAGAAUCUGCAAAGUAAGAUACAAACUUUCAUAAUUGCUUUUCUACUCAGCAAGAUGUGUCUCAUAGUGACUUUUUGAUUUAAGUAAUUGGCUAUUACUACGCUCUACUACCUGUGUUAAUCAAUUUCAGGAUUCUUUCUCAUGGCUAGGGGCUUAGUCACAAAUAACCACAUACUGUAAUAUUGAGCCUCUUAAAUCUGCUUGUGUAGUGAAAAUGCUAGUCACAGCUUGAACCAGUAACUGAGCAUCUGGUGGGAAGGCAGAGCCAACCCAGGGGAACUCAGGUGCAUGUAAUGCCCCUGAGUGAAAAGAAGGGGUAGAACCAGGAUCCACCCCUUCCCAGACCUCAUUUAGGGGUUGGUGAUGGGAGUGGGGGUAUCACUUGCUGGAGAUUUUUACAUACCUGAAGCCUUCUAAGAGACAGUUUAUUCUGAAAAGCCUCAUAUACAAGAUGAACGAUCUGCUUCCAGAACAAGGAAA